AUGGGUAGUGUGUUCAACUAGAAAUAUGGGAUUAUGUUCAUUAAGAAAAAUACAAUACUCUCAGUAAAACGUAUGUAAGAGGGGCAGUGGUUAAUUUAAAUAAAUACAAGCAGGUUGUUUCAUAGUUUGUUACAUUAAGGAUCCUAAUUCUUUGGAGGAAACUCUAAAAUAGAAGAGAAUGGUAGAAGAAUAUAGAGAUUAAAAUAAUAUUAUAUUCAUGUUGGUUCAGAAUAAGUGCGACUUGGUGAAAUUUAUAAGCUUUUGCAAAAAGAAAUAACUUUUUCUCUUGCAUUCAAACUUGUGCUAAGGAAAGUACGGGAAUCAAGGUAGAGCAGCGUAUUAGAUUUAUAAAAACUGAUUACUUGCGAACCAACAGAUGAAUUUCAGUUAAAGUGCUAAUGUAUAAUUAAAUGCUGCUCAAAAUCAAUUAAAUCAAUAGCAAAAGCCCUGCUGUUGAUUGAAUAUUAAUAUAUAUAUAAUAUAAUUUAUAUUUUUACAUUCUCUUUUUAAAAAGAUUAAAAGGAUUUUUAAAUAAUAAAAAAAUUUGUUUUAUUAAAGAUGGUACUUGGAAAGUUUGUUGAAGUUGGAAGAGUUGUCAAAAUCAAUUAUGGUCCUUAAGAAGGCAAAUUGGCAACAAUUGUUGAAAUCCUUAAUGAUAAGAGAGUCCUCAUUGAUGGACCAACAACUGGAGUUUAGAGAUAAGUCAUCCCAAUCAGAAGAUUGACACUUACCAAAAUCAAUUCUUAAAGAACUGGUGUCAUUACCAAGGCAAUUAAAAAAUCUGAUCCAUUCGCACAAUACGCUUAAACCAUUGCCGCCAAGAAGGUUGCUAAGAAAGCACUCAGAGCUAAAUUAAACGAUUUUGACAGAUUCAGAGUCAUGAUUCUUAGAAAGAGAAGAAGUGCCCUCCUCAGCACCUAACUCAAAUCUUUGAAAAAGAACACUGGUGGAAAGGCCUAAACUUAAGCUAAAGGAGGAAAUAAGAAGAAAUGAUCAGCUUAUUAUAAAAUAAGUAUAUUAAUACAUUUGAAUUACAAUAACCUGCAUAAA